CCCAUGGCAUUUGCAGUUGUUUCAUUGUUUUCUUCUCCCAGCAAAUGUAACUACAGGCUUAUGUUUUGAAAGCUUUCUAGACAAAGACAGUGAUAAAUUGGAAAUCCCCCAAAAAACAAAAUGGUAAAUCAGAGCAAGGUUUUGACUAGAUAACUUUUUGAAAAAAAACCAAAUUCUUUAGGAUUAGAUUAGAUCAAAUGUAACAUGUAAGUGUAGCCCCUUACUUAAGUAUUAUAGGCUCCUAAAGACAUGUAGCUACAGCUGGGGAAGAAACAAUCUUCCCAUCCUGUGAAACUUUUAAAAAUUUCAUAACUGUUUCCUAUUCUGCUUUGGGAUAAAACUCAGACAUUGCACAGGUUUUGAGAGAGCGAGGGACCUCAUGAUAACCAGUAACAUGGUAGUGACUAGACUCAUCCGGGAACCUGAACCUGGAUUUCCCACUUGAAUACACUGACCACUAAGCUAUCUGCUACUUUGGGGUGUCUGUCUUAGAGUCUUUGUCUUGGAUUUUCUCAGGAAUUCCCUCUUAGAUCUGGCAGACAAGGUUCUUUGGGAGAAUCUGAUUUCUUCUAUUAGACAAACUUAAAUAGUUGGGAAAAUUUUUUUUAGCAAGCUUUCAGGUUUAAAAACCCUUCGUCAGGCUAAGGAAGUUUCUGCAGUUGGUGUGUGCUCUUCCUGGAUGGGAUGAAUAGUAAAGAAGCCCGAUUCACCCUAAGAGCCUUGUCUGCCUAUGUCCUUUGACCAAGACGGCUACAACCGACACCCCUCUUAGAUCUGGGAAACCUUUCCUGUCAAAAUAGUUGGCAAAAUUGGCCCCUUCCCUCAGAAAGUUUAAUUGUUGACAAAUUUGCAUUUUCAGAUGGAAAACCAUUGAAUUAAAGGUGCAGUAUCACAAAUUCCCUUAGGAAAAGUGUUUCUUGUAAGUGAAAAAGACUGAGAAAUGACUGGGUAGGGCCAAAUCCACAGUCCACUGAUGAAACUGGAAAGUUUCCUGUUGACUUUGGUGGGCUUUGGACCAGGCCCUUAGACCUGGACAUUGACUUCAUUUUCACUGAUGUAAAAGCCAGAGGAAUUAAGUCAAUGGAGUUGCACAUUUGUAAAACUGGUGUAAAUGAGAAUGGAAGAGACUUCAGUUUUAUUCUUUGCCUCAUAGAAAUAAAGUAUUAAAAUAACACUGUAUAAACUUUGGCCUAAGUUACUUAGCCCCUUUGACACUCAAGAAAAAUAGGCAUAAUAAUCCCUACCUCACAGAAUGCUGCUAUGCUUAAUUAAUUGUUUUAAUUAAGGACUCAUUUGAAAUGAGCUACUAUGUAGGUCCAAUCUAUUAAUAUUUACUUGCAGGGUUAAUUAUCCUGGUGUUGCCUGAAUUAAAUAUAAUAUUUAUACUUUGUUUUGAUUAUAAAUAUAUAUAAUAUAAUUUUCCUCAUUCAUCUUUAGAACUUCAUUUUAUGGAUGCUUCUUUGCUUCCCGUUCAUUGAUGUAAGUAUCAUAAAACAUGUACAUAGCAUGUCCUGAUUCUUACAUGUAGGUCCAAUCUGCUUCUUGGAGGUUGCAUGUCAAGCCUGCUCAGAGAAAGCAAAUUCUCCAGAUUCUGCAGUAAAAAAUGCACAUGAUCCUACUGCCAAGUAUAAUACAAUGCCGCAGUAGAAACACAGUUACAACGUCAAGACUGUAGGUAUUUGUAAAUCCUUUUAAAACUUCCAGUUACUUCAGAAAAUUAUCUCUUCUUUUCUUAUUGUCCUUUGUACACUUUGGUGUCCUUACCCAUCUUUUUCCAGUUUCCCAGAGUCAUGUAACUCUGUGAAUUAGAAAAGGGAAGGGAAAAGUGAAGUGGCUAAUUCAGCUCCAAACAGUGUACAGCUUUUAUUUUCUGUGAAAAUACAAUUGGUGCUUGAGUCUUCUGUGACCCUGUGAAACAUUAAAAGAACUUGGUAAGUACAUAUAAUCACAAGGUUGAGAACCACUGGGUGACUUUGCAUGUCAGAUUUUGUCCUCUAAAGAGAAAUACCUUGAUCUGGCUUCAACAAGGCUGCAUUGUUUGCAGUCUGACGUAGAACACUUUGUGCAGGAGACUUGACAUAAGUAAACUGUAGUGAGGUGCCUUUACCUUUUCACUCUGAUAACUACAUCAGUCGUGUGAUGAUGGAAGAUAAGUGCUGAUCCCCCAGUCUUUUUCCUGCAUGUGAAUUUGGAAGACUUCUACAUUAGCCAUACUGAUUCCUCCAAGUCUCUGCAACUUCCAUUUGCAAUAUCAUCAUCUUUGAAUGCAUGACCCGUAAAAAAUAAAACACGCUGGUUCUCAUGAGGUCAUCUCAGAGCAACUCUGAACCACAGGCAUUGGUCUGGAAGACUAUUUGGGGGACAAUUAUUUUGGGAGGCAAAAAAAAAAAAAAGAAAGCCCCUCCAGUGUUGUUUCCUGCAAAGACUAUUCUUAAGAGCCCGUUGGACAGCGCGGGGCUCUUGAAGUGAUAGCUAAUUGGUGAAAGAAAGGCCCUGAUUGUCUUGAGGGAGCUGGAAAGUGCUGCGUGUGCUGCUGAAAGGGACUAGGGAGAAGGUGCCCGGUUUCGCUGAGCAGCUGCUGCUGGAGAUGUUUGGAGAUUACAUCAGCAUUGGAAAAAAGGGGCAAAAAAAAAAAGGGCCCAACUUCACAGAGACGGAGUUUAUGGAGUUUUUUUUCCUUCCAAAGGUCUUCUGACAAUACUGUCAUUGUCAAUAUAAGAGUUGUUAAUUCUUUAUGAAUAGCACAUGGGGCCUCUUGACUAAAUAGUACGUUACAUGUCCCAAAUCUGUCAGCUGGACUCUUCUCUCACAUGCUAGUGAGAUCACUUUGAUUGGAAUGUUACAGGAAUUGCUGGACUGGCCACACAGUGCUGAAUACUGCAUUAUAUAAUUAGAUCUCCCAGGGUAUUUUUUCACAUUACCUCAUUAUUCUUGCUUAAAUAUGGAAUCGGGCCUUUUGAUGAUUUUACUGGUCAUAAUUAUAUUAAUACGCUUCAUUUUAUGGUCUUGUCUCAGCGUUUAUAUAGAUUAUAAACUGUCCCGAAGAUUUCCUGACAAGACAAAAGAGGAGUAAGAGCUUUCAAAGGGCUUGCAUACAUUUUAACUGACAAGGGGUGAGGCCUGGACAAUGUCAUGGAACAGGAGCACAGUUUACCUUUAGGACUGGAGAUGACCAGAAUGACCUUGCUUAGACAAGAGCCCUGUGAGCAUUCUGCAGGAGGUCUCACAUUUACAGAAGGAAAAACUACAACUGAUCGAGUCAAAUGACUUAUCGAAGUAGGGCAAAGUAGUUGCUUCUGGAACACGCUUGUCAAUUAAAUGAUCUGGACAGGCUGGAAGAAAUCCUAUUGUUGGGAAAGCCCAGGACAGCCAAAGCCCUGGUCUUGAUAAGUGAAAUGUGACAGCUUACUGCUUGCUGGAUAGACUACUGAUCUGCAUUUAAAAAUGCCAGCUGCAGUGGCUGCCUGUGUGCAACAACUGACCAGUGUCCAGUUAACCAUGAAGAUGAGUUUCCAGGAUCAGCUGCUACUUGAAUGCUACCAAACAACAGAAGGAAUUGUUUUACCUGCCUGACUCCUUCAUGGAUAAAUUCCCCUUGUAGCUUCUUCCAUUGACUUAUGCCUGAGCCUGGCUGAAUGAACAUAUUGAUUAACUCUAUUAUUCAAUGAAUGUUUAUAUGAAUAUUAGGAAUAGCUGACUGCUACCAGCACAGUAGUCACUGGAAUAAGUUGUUCCAGGAAAACCAGCACUAUGCAUCAAUCAGCUGGUGUAGCAGGGAGAAAGGGAUCACAUGGCUAUAAUGCAACUUGGCAUACAAGCAGGAUAGCCCAUCAUGGUGAUAAUAGGGAUCAAGAGGUAUUAAGUUACUUAUACAAGGCCACAAAGGUAAAUCAGUAGACCAGCCAGGUUUGAAUCCAGGAUUUUUCUAGUUCUCAGCUUUAUGUUUGACCCCAUACAUGAACUGGAAGAGGAGCAAUCAGUUUUUAUUUUUGACCUCCAAGUGGAUAUUGCAUUGCAUAAACUAUUUAGAAUUUCAAGGGCAAAAGUAGUGCUCAUACAUGUGGCACAAUUUAACUUAAAUCAGGGGGGUUGAACCCAUGGCUGGCAGGCAAUAUUCAGCCCACCAAGCCAUGUCAUUUGACCUGACGGGCUGCCCAGGGGUUUGAAAAUUUGGUGGUGGGGGAAUGGUGGCAGUGUUAAUUGCUGCUCCCCAGCUAUCAAAUUUCUGGACCCAGGGCAAGCCCUGUGUGUGGAUAGUGUGUGGGGCCCAGUGUGCUAAGUCAGGGGUAUGGGGCUGGGAUGGUGCAGGGCCCAGUCCUGGCAUGCAAGGCUGGCAUGGCAUAGGGCCUGAUCCAGGCAGCAGGAGGCAGGAUCCAGGUGUGCAGGGACUAACAUGGUCAGUGUGAGGUGGGAUCUGGGUGCAUGGGGGCCAACGCCAUGCAGCAACCUGCAUGGGAUCUGGCUCUAUCCCAUUCAUCUGGCUCAAAGGGCUGAAAGGUUGAGCACUAUUGAUUUAAAUCAAUUGCUUAAAGUAAAAUUAGAUUUACUAUUUUUUUUUCAGUCUAAAGAUCAAAAUUGAAAUUCAAUAUCCUUGGCCCAAGACGCCUUAAGAAAAAUUCCAGACUUAGUUCUUCAUUUUCUGUCAUAAGUAAAAAUGAACACUGCUACUUCUUAGAAUGACUUCCAGAUCUCUUGAUAGCUCACAUGAUGAUAUCAGAAUUCAGUCUAGCUAAAACCAUGGCACACCCAUAGAGGGCCACUCUUGCACACUGCCAAAGGCUGGCUCAUCAGCAGCGACUACAAACAAGCCCCUAUCAUUUGUCUUCUGAGACCUCCUAAAAUCCACAAUUGGGAGGCAGCACAAUAUCUAUGUCAUGACUUUUUUCCUCUUCAAUGGAAUGUAAAGGGUAAAUGUGAGAACAAUUGAUCUCAGCCUCACACUGACAAAUAUGAGGAAAAGUCUAUGGUAUCUACAGACACUUUUGUCAACUGGAAAUCCUGCCAGUUAAUUGGAAAUUAACUAGGAAAUUCUAUACCUUUCCGAGCACCCAUGCCGCUUCCAGAGGAAACUGACUGCCUGACCAUAAAGAGAAAGGUGAAAAUGGACUAUCCAUAAUAUGCUGAUAUGUACACAAAGCAAGCAAGCUGAAAAAAUAGAUGAAUGUACAUUUUUAAAAAAUCUUUUACCUAUUGUGAUCUCAGGUGUUAGCUAUAACAAAAGCCAGCAAAAAAUCAUUUAGACUGAAGUUUGUUUUAAUUUGAGGAUGUUCUUUUAAAAAAUAUGUUCAUAUGUUGCAAUUAAUAUGUUUAAUUGAUCUUUUAGGCCUCUUGUUGCAUACAUUUUAGAAUUCUGUACUUCAAUGAAUUAAAAUAUGGAUUUGAUGAGAAAUUUUAGUAAGGAGGUUUAAGAUAAUGUCUCAUAUUUGUUGAUAUGGGGAAAGGUAGCAUGUGGGACUGGCAUUAAGGGUAAGAUUCUGGUACCCUUAACCCUAUUGAAUACCAUCAUACUCUGCAAGUUACUAUAUAUUUACAUAAGUAAGAGUAUAACAGUCUGGUUAUGGACUUUAUCCUAACUCAGGCGAUAUUAUCAUUGAUCUCUGUGGAACAGUGUAUCAGCAUAGGUUAACUGCAUGAAGUCAAAAGAAUGCUACAAUGGAUGAGUGACCAUAAUCAUUCUCUUUAACAGCUUCUGAAGAAAGAGAAGAAUUGUGGAUGAACUUGUUGACUGGAGUGUAACCAAUUGUCUGUAGUAGUAGUGGUUUGGCUCUGUUGGUGCUUCUGUGUUAAGUUUUGUUUGUGGUUUGCAUGGGAGAGAUUAAUUUCACCAUAACUGGAAAAAUAUUGUAACUAAUGUUUGGCAUUAUACCAUUCUGCACCUUUCUAGGAUGAAACUGGCCAUUGCUCUUCUGCAAAAGUCCCUUAGGCUAGGGACAGAAAUUACACACAAACUGGUAUAAGUGAUAUCGGAAAUUGGUUCCAAUCUGUAACGCAACAGAAGUCCAAUGUGCAUAAACUGCUUUCAAAAUGGCUAACACCAGUUUAAGAUAAACUGGCUGGGUGUAGUAUCAGACUUAACUGAUUUAGGUUAAAUCAGUUUAUUGAAAUUCUGUCCCGGAUCCCUUCCAUAUUCAAGUUGUCUGCUCUAGCCAAGCAAGGAGACGCACUUUAGUGCCCUUUCCUUGGAACCCCGCCAGCUUUUGGCUUGGGCCACUGCAAGCAUGAGGCUGCAUUUCUGGAAUCAAAAGUGAAUGUUUUCACUUGCUUAUCAGUUCAAUCUAUUCAGCUUAGACUAACCUGAGAAAAUUGAAUUGAUUCAGCCUCAGGCUUUUUGACUGUCCUACUUAGCCUUAGAGCUUAGUAAAAAGUCAUAACCUUCCUAUAGAUUUUAUGGGACCAUCUAAAGAAUUUAAUAAAGAAUUAUACCCCAACUACCAUAGUGCCUGAAAUUAAAAGUAAAACCAGUUUCAGAUUGUAGAUAACUCUCUGUUUCAGGAGUUUGCUACAAAAAAAUCUUGAAGCACAAGUAAGGUCAUACAUAUCCUGUCACCCACACAGAAGUGUAGGUUUUGCUUUGCACUGUUGUAAAUAUAUGCCCAUUAGGGCUGUGCGAAGCUUUGGUUACUGAUUUGAUUUUGCCUGAUUUGGCAGCCAAUUUUCAAAUCCAAAUUGAAUCAGGAGACCCUUUAAUCUCUUUAAAUCAAAUCGGAACCCUCUGAAUCAAUUCAGAGAGAUUUGAUAAUUCAGACAUAGAUGCAGCUUUAAAUGUUUUUCUACAUACCUCAAGGUACCAGGCGGCUCAUGAACACUGAGAUGGUGGGUUGGAUGAAGCAUCCAAUGGGAGCGUGGGGGGACCCCAACAUGCUCUGUGGCAGCCCCAUUAGUGGACCAGAAGCACUUCCGGUCCACUUCUGAGUCCACUGCGGAGCAUGUGGGGGACCCUUCCCUCACCCCCAGCUUGGCAACGGAUGCCUCCUGUGUCUGGGGUGGGGGGGCACCCACGAUCAAUCGCUGAGCUGGGAGAGCGCGGGGGCCCCCCCACACUCCUGUGGGAUGUUCCAUCCACCCCAUCAUCUCAACAUUCACAAGCCAUGCCUGGUACUUCAAAGUAUAUAGAAAAAACAUUUAAAGUAGUGCCUAUGGCCAAAUCGCUGAUUCUCUGAAUUGACAUUGAAUCCUCAGAUUCAGAUUUGGCCAAAUCAAAUUGGGACAGUGAUCUGAAUCAAUGAAUCGAAUCACUGUCCCCCAAAUUGGGCUGAAUCCAAAUCAAAUACGGUCUGCUUUGCACAUCCCUAAUGCCCAUGCCCAUGGAUGCCAUGCACUUGGAAUAGCUCUGUCAUUUUAAGACCUUGCCUAUGAAGUAACAGCCAUUUUAGCCCAUUUAGUAGAUGCUAAGAGCAAGUGUUACUCUACAUGCGAAUCCAUGGCAGUCUGUAUAUGAUUAGGAAACUUUUCUAGUAUUCCACUGUUGUUGGUAAAGAUGUCCCAUUUUUCCCAUUGAAUGAGUUAGUUUCUACAACAUCCAUAAUGUUGGUUUAGAGGAGUGAACUGGAUGACCCCUGAGGUGCCUUUCAUAUUUUAUAAUCAGAUUGAAGCAUGCCAGGAUGCAGCAUUCUUCCUAUAUUUGACAUCACUUAAGUUUGUAUUUUUUAAUAUUAAUGCAUGUCAUUUUGUUGUUUCUAAUUCUAGUUCUAGUUUGGUUAUUGACUUGUGCAACCUUAGGUAUGUUGUUACAACAUAAUGUGCCAUUUGCAGAAGGGGAAGUCAUCUGUCUCACAGUAGGUUUUGGAAUUAAUAAAUAAAUGCUUAUGAGUGUUUUGUGACCUUUAGAUAAAAGUUAAUACAUAAAUACAGGGUAUACUGUUACUAAAUUUAUAGCUGAAGGCAAUAGCCUCUCCCCUGGUUUUAUACUAGAAUAUCCCACAGAGUUCUGAAGGAAAGAUGAAGUUUUUAAGAUUGCCCGGACAGUACUAUAUUCUGUUUACAGUUAAGAAGGUGAAAAUUGAAGUAGUUUCCUUUGCAUCAAUGACCUUUUUCUGGUGUGACAGGCUUACACCUGGUGCUACUGCCCCAGCAUCAUGGGCAUGCCAGGUGAUGUGCCCCUGGGCCACAUCACACCUGACCCACUUGCCCACUACAACUUGAUGUUCCAAGAAGACCCUGUACUCUCCAUGAUCCAGUGGUUCUCUAUGGGCCAGAUGUGACCAUAGUGGUGCAUCUUCUGUGAGGGUCCUCCUGCCCUAUAGCUCAUCCCUUUCCGCUUGGGUAUUAUUGCCGUUUGUUGGGACAUUGUAGGUGUUUGUCAUGUGGGCUACCCCAUGGUGUUAGGCUGUGGCUUGAAUCCUUAAGGGUCCAUCCCCUGCUCAUGUUAAUGUAAAAACAUGACAACUAUAUAGAUAAGAUAAACUGAAAACGGCUCGGCUUGGUGGCCAGACAGGGCACUGGUGCCUUGCUGCCCCAAGUUUCUUCCCCCUUUUUGGGAUGUGAGUUACUUCAGUGUGCAGCCACCCCAACAUUUGUCAGGGCAGUGGAGAUGUGUAGGGGGUGCACAGGGGUGCAUGUGCAACCCCUGAGAGCACUGGUACACCCCCUGGGAGGCUGCACUCCCCACUUAGGUGAUGGGCAGGGGGAGCAGGCGGAAGCACUGGUGCCUCCCUGUGGGAACGCCAGAUGUAGCGCUGUGGUCACUUCUGGGAGUGCCAUGGCUGCUCCCCAGUUGGUGAGUUGUGCUGUGGGAGGACCCCUCCCCCACCAUCGCUGACUGGUCUCUGGGGGGGCACAUGGCUUCCCUGACUAAGGUAGCACCAGUUGCCUAUGCUCCUGGGGGUGUUUGCAGCAGUGGGAGCCACACUCCCCUCACUCCCUGGAUGAGCCACUUGCAGCUCCAUUGCCCACCCCACCCCAGCUGUACAGCACCUGCCUCUACCCCAGUUCCAGCCUCAGCCCCAGCCCCACUCCCUCCCUCACCACAGGGGCCUUGAUAUGCCCCUCCCUUCCCUCACAGCAGACUUACCUGCUGGACCCGGCUGCUCUUCAUGCUGCUGGACUGUGCUUCUGGCCACCUGUGUGCUGCACUGUGGCUGCGUGCAUGCACAGGGCAUUUAUUGGUGGCAUCAUUGGCUACAUCAGCCAAAAAAACUGAUUGCUGAUACAGUCAAUUUUCCUUAUAUUGGUGCUGAUCUGCUAUGGGACUGAUGUAUUGGUGCAUCUCUAAUUACGGAUAUUGUAGAUUGUUUUUUCCAGGGCUCAGAAUGUUUAUGAGCAAUACAAAUGGAAUUAAUUUUAAGUAUCAGGUCUUCUGCAAAUGUAAAAUGUUUGCUUCAUAUUCUGUAAUGUGCACAAAACUGGCAUGAUGGGCUAAAUUAUGGUAUAAAGAACUAAUUAUACUUGCUCAUACUGAUGCUUUGGUGAUAUAAUUAUAUUUAUUGAUCAGAAUAAAUCUACAAUUUUA